CACGCAGCGCACAUAAGAAACCUCAGACUGUCAAUCUUCUCCUGCAAAGAACCACAGUCGCCUCAGAGAAACCUCCUAUCCCUCAAAGUUUUUACCAACCAUCAGGCUUCUUCCACUUCUUCACCGGGUGAGGCUGCAGCAUCUGGACCGAAUCCCCCCUCCACCCCCACAGUCACAUCACAAGUGUCCAUCAUGUCAGGAGAAAAAGCUCGUGAGGAGAAGACCCCCGACGGGAGGCCCCCUUCCUGCCGGGCCCUGGUGCUGACGGGUUACGGCGGCUACGACAAAGUGAAGCUGCAGGUGACGAAGCAGGGAGACGUGAAGCUGGGGCCCGGGGACGUGCUGCUGCGCGUCAAGGCGUGCGGGCUCAACUUCGCCGAGCUGAUGGGGAGGCAGGGUCUCUACGAGCCGCUGCCCGCACCGCCGGUCAUCAUGGGGAUGGAGGGCUCCGGGGUCAUCGAGGCUGUGGGGGAGGAGGUGAAGGACAGGAAGGUGGGAGAUCGUGUCAUCGCGAUGAAGCGCAGCGGCAUGUGGCAGGAUGUGGUCGCCGUGCCCGCUGACCUCACCUUCCUCAUGCCCGAGAAUAUGAGCUUCGAGGAAGGCGCCGCCAUCCCCGUCAACUACAUAUCGGCCUACUUGAUGCUGUUCGAGAUGGCCAACCUGAAGCCGGGCAAGAGCGUUCUCGUCCACAUGGCCGCAGGUGGUGUGGGUAUUGCUGCCACCCAGCUGUGUCAGACGGUGCCGGACGUGACCGUUUUCGGGACCGCGUCAGCCUCCAAGCACGAGACCAUCACGCAGGGCGGCGUAACUCACCCCAUCGACUACCGGACCAGAGACUACGUGGAGGAGGUCCGCAAAAUCAACCCCAAUGGUGUGGACAUCGUCCUGGACCCACUUGGUGGCUCCGACACCCAGAAAGGCUUUGAUUUAUUAAAACCCAUGGGAAGUGUGAUAGUCUUUGGCGCAGCCAAUGGUGUGACGGGCCCGAAGAGGAACCUGAUGGCGCUGAUGAAGCUCUGGUACAACCAGCUCUCCAUCAGCGCCUUGAAACUGAUGCAGACCAACAAGGCCAUCGGCGGCUUCCACCUGGGCUACCUGGAGGACGAUGCGCUCAUCAACAGAACCAUGUCGGAGCUGCUGGAGCUCUACAGGCAGGGCAAGAUCAAGCCCCGCAUCGACUCCUGCCAUCACUUCGAGGAGGUCGCUGACGCCAUGAGGCGCAUGCACGAGCGCCAGAACAUUGGAAAAGUCAUUCUUCUCACCGAGCCCAAGAAGAAGGACUAGAAGCCUCAGUCCAACACUGGGCCCGAGGGAAAGGUGGAGAAAAACUGAAGCAGCUGUCAGUUAAAGAGAAGAAGGAGGCGACAGAGGAAGUCAAAGCAGAGAAAGAUGAGUCAGAGUGUUUCUCUGAGGGAGACACUUCCUCAACAAGGUUCUCUAUUGUUUAAUCGUCCAAAAAAAAGGAAAGAAAAGAAAAGAGAUGCAAUUCUCUGUCAGUAUUUCUAAAUGUUUAUAAAGACUUAUUGUGCAAUAUUUCUAAAGUGGAGUGUCUAUGUUUUUAACACUUAUAAAUAAAAAACACAUGACGCAUGUGAAAUGUUUGUAUCUGUGAAGCUUAAACAUUCUGGCUCGUCACACGUGUCAAGAAAAUAUGAUGUACAUUUCCUGCGCUUUGUGUUUUUUUAUUCAGCUUCUCUUUCUGAAAUCUGUCCCAAGUAAUUCAAAUGUCAUCAGAAUACAUUACUGAGAUUUGGUCGUUUCAAGUGUCUCAACCACAACUGUGAAUAACAUUUAGAGGAAACUUCCCCGCCUUCCUAAUCACUCCUGGACUUUCCUCUAAACAAUGUCCCACUGAACCUGAGCUAGAAACUGUUUGGAAAACCACGUGGAAGCAGGUUUUAUUCCCUUGAUGCUUUUUAAAAUAAUUUUCUUGGCUAAAAAUUCAAAGUGAAUCAUGUUUACAGAUUCCUCUUAAAUAUAUAUAUAUAUAUAUAUAUAUCGAAUUAUACAUAAUCAUCCCUCUCUUCUUAUGCACUUUGUAUUUCUGUGCUCAACCAGCGUUUUCAAUCUUUUGCAGCUUCUAGUGAUGGAUUACAAAGCUUCCUUCGUAUGAAUAGGGCAGAUUGGGGUCAGUAAUGCAGAUGUUUUGUCCAGCUGUGGCUGUAAUUCAACGCUUUGACGACUCAGCACAAGGGUUUCUCCUCCAUCCAGCUCCUCACAGUCCUCUCUCUCCUUCUCAGUCUCUCUCAUCUCUCUCCCUCUCCAGCCCAUGUUGUUUUUAUUCCUAAAGUUACACAUUUUAUGUUUUUAUGGUAUUUACAUCUGUGACAUGUUUUUCUUCUUGUGGCCACUUGGACAAAUAUUGGGAGGUGCCAUGUUCCUUUCUCCCAGUAUGAAGUAACACCUGAUGUGGAUUUCGAGCAGGAGCUGGAGUCUGAUUGUGAUUAUGUGAAUUUGAUCUGGUUGCAAAAAUCCCUGGUGCUUGAGUUUUA